AUGGCAUCCGAAACCCCCAAGGAUAUCCCCGUACGGCCUGCCGCUGAAACGCAGGCCAACAACGCCUCUGAAGCUGCGGCUGCCCCUCCAAAAGAUGCGAAAGCGAAACCCAAGCAGGCCCCGAGCCCCGAUACUCUCCCAGAAGUCAUGCUUGAGCGAAACAAGCUCUUCGAAGAACUUUGGCAACAAUAUCUCGAGGAGACCAAGACUCGUCCCCACCCAGAGAUCAACGUUACCCUCGACAUUGGCGACGGCAACCCCCCUUCCUCAGUCCCUGCUAAAGCCUUCGAGACCACCCCUGGAUCUUUCCUGCGCGAUGUGCCCAAGGAUCUCAGCGCCAAUAUCGUUAUUUCCAAGGUUGAUGGAGAAUUGUGGGAUUUGAACCGGCCUCUGGAGAAGGACUGCAGUGUGCUUCUUGUGCCUUUCAGCAACCCCGAGGCCCGUGAUGUAUUCUGGCACUCCAGUGCUCAUACUCUGGGUGAGGCAUGUGAAUGCGAAUAUGGAUGUCUUCUUUCCCACGGUCCCCCUACCCCUCAAGGUUUCUUCUACGACAUGGCCAUGCCUGAUGGACGUGUUGUUCGCGAGGCUGACUGGAAGGCACUUGACACUAAGGCGUCACGUAUCUUCAAGGAGAAGCAAAGCUUCGACCGAUUGGAGGUUUCUAAGGAGAAUCUCAAGAAGAUGUUCGCCUACAGCAAAUACAAGCUGCACUAUAUUGACAAGCUCGUCACUGGUGAAAGCAGCACCGUCUACCGUUGCGGUACCCUUGUCGAUCUCUGCCGAGGCCCUCACAUUCAGAACACCGGUAAAAUCAAGGCCUUCAAGAUCAUGCAGAACUCAUCGGCUUACUUCCUUGGUGACCAGUCCAACGACUCUUUGCAGCGUAUUCGUGGUGUUGCCUUCCCCGACAAGAAGCAAAUGGCUGAGCACUUAAAGUUCUUGGAAGAAGCCGAGAAGCGGAACCACUUGAAAAUCGGCAAGGAGCAAGAGCUGUUCUUCUUCGAUGAGGUGUCCCCCGGCUGCCCAUUCCUCCUCCCCAACGGAACCAAGAUUCUCAAUCAGAUCCAGUCUCUCCUGCGUUCUGAAUACCGCAAGCGAGGCUACCAGGAGGUCCAGACCCCCAACAUGUUCGACGUUAGUAUCUGGAAGACCUCCGGACACUGGGAGCACUACAAGGAUGAUAUGUUCAAAUUGGAUGUGGAGAAACGCGAGUGGGCUCUUAAGCCGAUGAACUGCCCUGGACAUUUCAUUCUGUUCGGUCACCGUGAACGCAGCUACCGAGAGCUUCCUAUGCGUAUUGCAGACUUCGGUGUCCUGCACCGAAACGAAGCAUCCGGGGCCCUAAGUGGACUCACCCGAGCUAGAAAAUUUUGUCAAGAUGAUGCGCAUAUCAUCACGGAAAGGAAUGAAAUUAUGUCCGAGGUCGAGGGUCUGUUCGAUUUUUUGCAGUCCAUUUAUGGUCUGUUUGGCUUUACCUUUAAGUUGAAGCUUUCCACCCGCCCCGAGAAGUAUAUGGGUUCGUUGGAGACCUGGGACCAGGCCGAGGACCAGCUCAAGAAGGCCUUAACCAAGUUUAAGGGUAACGAUUGGACCAUUAACGAGGGUGACGGUGCCUUCUACGGACCCAAGAUCGAUAUCACCAUUGCGGAUGCUCUCAAGCGUGAAUUCCAAUGCGCAACCAUCCAGCUGGACUAUCAGGCUCCGAUCAAUUUCAAGCUGGAGUAUCAGACCAAGAAUUCCGAGGAGAACGCGAAAGAGGGCGAGUCCAGCGAUCUUCCCCCCGGCCGUGCCCGCCCUGUUGUCAUUCACCGUGCUAUUAUUGGUAGCUUCGAGCGAUUCCUGGGUAUCUUGAUCGAACACUUUGGUGGCAAGUGGCCGUUCUGGAUCAGUCCCCGCCAAAUCCUGAUUGUGCCGGUGAUGCCGGAUUUGAACGACUACGCCCAGGAGCUACAGCGUAUCCUGCAAGGUGACAAGUUGAAUGUGGACGUGGACAUCAGUGGGAACACGCUGCAGAAGAAGAUCCGUACUGGCCAGCUGGCCCAGUACAACUUUAUCUUUGUUGUAGGUGCCCAGGAGAGGGAGGCACGCACCGUCAACAUUCGCAACCGUGAUGAUCCUGCGACCCAAAACAAGGGCAUCAUGGUCCCCCUGGAGGAGGCGCGGGUCAAGCUCCGAGCACUGCGCAAGGAGCGUCGGCUGGAGAACACUCUGUAG